UUUAUUCCGAAUUUCUCUUGCCCGCUUAAUUAGCACUUGCUCAAUAAACAAUAUUAACUCGACCCGUGCAAGCUGUAGCUUUAUCUUGUGAAGCCAUGGCCAUGCUCUCAGUCUUCUUCUCUCUCCUCUUUAUCCUCUUCUUCUCUUACCAACCAUUGAUAAAGCUGUGUGUUUCAGGAGGUAAAUUGGUACAGGAUACUCAGUUCCAGCACGUUCAUUCGUUGGACUCUCUCUUGCCUAUGCCUACUUGUCAGAGUACAACUCGCCCAGGUAUUGGACGAAAAUAUGGAGCGGCGCUUAUUCCCUCGCGCGGACCUUGCUCUCCAUUCCCCUGGGGGCGAGAUCUAUCCCGAGGUCACUCCAUCGGCAAAUCACUGGCUGGGACAAACCCCCAGAAGAAACCUACGAGGGGUGGACGGGGAGGCUCCCAGGUACCCAUUAUGCGUGACGGCUAUCAGUACCUGGUCCAAGUCAGGAUUGGAAAUCCGCCACACCCUCUGACCCUGAUCAUGGAUACAGGCAGCGGCAUAACUUGGACACAGUGCAUACCCUGCCCUCACGACGUUCUUUGCCAAUACUAUAACCAAACCAAUCCCUUCUUCAAGACCACAGGGUCCUCCACGUUUUCCUUCAAACCAAACCUUCACCCGUACAAUAUCAAAUACUUCGACGGGUCACAAUCCAGAGGACCCAUGGCACAGGACACCCUCAUCAUCGGCUCCCCCCAAGCCUACCAUAUCCCAAACUUCACCUUUGGUUGUGGCCAAUACAGCGAAGGAUAUUUUGGUACGGCGGAUGGUAUUUUUGGCCUUGGAGCUGAAGGGGAAAACGCCUUCCUUUCACAGACUUCAUCAACUUUGGGACAAACUCUCUGUUUUUGUAUCCCACCCACGAGUAGUUCCAUCGGUCACCUUUUCCUUGGAGAUGAUGCACGGACAAAUUGCCAGACUGAAGGUUCGAGUUCCACCCUUCUCAUCAACGACAAAAAAUAUAUUGUCAACCUCUAUGGCAUCACAGUCGGAAGUCAAACAAUAAAUAUUGCAAACUUAGAUCCAUCUUAUCCUAAUCAGACGCUAAUUGACUCUGGAACUGCCAUAACCCGACUCCCACGACUGGUCUACCAGAAACUUCGGUCCGCGUUCCGGGAAUACAUGUCCAAGUACCCCGUUAUUGCAUCAUCUCAUGAUGAUGAUAUAAUGGACACAUGCUACAACCUGAAGGAUUACACAACUGUGGCCCUACCAAAGAUUGUUCUGCACUUUGAUCGGGCGAAUGUUACUCUAGAUCCUGCAGGAGUCGUCUCACUGGAGAGCAAAUCCCGUAUUUGCCUGGCUUUUGCUGAAAACAAGUUCCCCGACCAUGAGUUUAACAUAAUGGGCAGCGUGCAGAUGAGGAAACUCAACGUGCUUUUUGACGUAAACGCCAGAAAGGUUCGCUUUGGCAGAGGCAGUUGUGGCUAGACGUUGAGGGCUUGGUAGCAUAAGAUUUGCCGAGCAUGUCUUUAAUGGUGAAGUCGGAGGUUCAAAAAGAAGAUCAGAAGAACGAUAGUCAUCUUCUCUAUAAUUUUUUUUUUUUUUAUCGACAUACUUCGUGUUUCUUCCUUUGGGGAUAAGUAUCGAUCAUCUUGUUUAAGAAAAUUCUAUUGUAAUCAUCAAAAGUGGUGGUAUAAUGCAAUCAAGUAUUUUAUUAGAAGUUCAAGUAAAUAAAAUUGCCUCGAAAUGCAUGCAAUGAAGUAAAGACUCUUAGAAAUCCAUGUAA